AUGCCCGGACAUCCCCGCAACGCCCGCAUGCGCCGUCUGUUGCCCGAUGACCCCGAAACACCCCGAUCACGCACGAUUGAUGCCCCGAUAGUGUUUUUCGUCCCCGAUGCCAAAUUUCAGCCAUCGUGCCUGUCGGGGCACCAUGAUCGUGUAUGUUCAGCAGUCAUUGAAGAGCCUGAGUUUGCCAUCGUAGUCUGCCGUGAUAAGGAUGACAGUCCGAAGAAAGCAAAUGAUUUCCAGAGGCAGCUUCGUCAAAUCUCUGUUCUCUUCAAGUCUGCCGCUACGCUUACUGCUCAAACUGUGACAUUUAACAUCGUGGCUGAUUCUUACACGACUUAUGAGACAAUCACGAACCUCACCGCGAGCUGGCCCACCGCCUACAGACAACGCCUAGUGUUCAGCGAGUACAAGCAAGUGUUCUACCCGCCCGGCACUAAGAAGAUAAAGAAUCUGUUUCGGCCCUGCGCAACGGGGAAGCUGUUUCUGCCACAAACCCUCCAGGAUAAGGACGCCGUCGUAUUCCUGGACACGGAUACACUCUUUCUCAUGCCUCCCGAGAUGCUGUGGCGCAAACUGUAUGCCUUCAACCCCUCCCAGAUCAUUGGCAUCGCGCCUUGCCUUCAUGAGUGCAGCACGGUGUUCAAGAAUUUGCCCAUUUAUGGAUCAAGACAUGGCCUCAACACUGGGGUGCUCGUGAUGAACCUCACCAGGUUGCGGGGCUUCGAAGGUGGCUGGACGGAGAACAUCAUGCAUAUUGUGAACAAAUACAACACUAAACUACAGCUCGCAGACCAGGAUAUCCUUAACAUUCUCUUCAGUAAUAAGACCAUAGCCAAACAACUGUACCAGCUAGGGUGUGAGUGGAACUAUCGACCGAACUUGUGUUCCUCUGGCACCAACAAGUGCAAGAGUGCCAACGAGCUCGGAGUGGGUUUACUGCACGGCAAUGCCCUCACAUUCGUCAACGGCAUAGUAAUUAAAUUUAAGAUCAUGUUCGAUGCAUGGGAGCAACACCAGAUUGGGGAAUCAGUGACGGCGCUGCUGGAGCGCCUCAAAACAACACUACAUCAACAGAAUAAGUCUCCAGGCUGUUCCAGUGUGUUAUUCAUUGACAGGAUACUGCUGCAAGGACUGGAAAACACGCUGAAAAGGCAUCAAUGAGGUGGAGAGGGCAAAACAGAGAUAAUGCCUGUAGGAGACAGAAGACGCCUGAAAAACCGAUAGCUACUCGCAGUGAGGUCUGAAAGAGAUGCUGUGAUCUCAUCAACGCCCUGGCUAUGACUUCACUGAACCUUUUCAUUUCUCUCAACAAAAGGAGAUAUAGUUACAACCUAUCUUGUAAAGAGAAUUCUACUUUUUUUUUUUUUCAUAAUACUGCAUGCACUUGGUUAUACAAAUAUCCUUUACUCCAAGACUUUUUUAUACUUUGUUUUCAGGCCUGCAUCUUUGUGGGCUAUUUCUUUUCUUUUCUUCUUUUAAAUAUUUUGUCCUUGUUUCGUGCUUUUCCUGCAAAAAUUGAACAAAUGAAUAAUCUAAUUCGUUGGAAACAGUUUGAUAAGAGGACACUGAGGAAGAAGUGGACAGAAAAACUAAUUAAGACUUGGAAAAUAUAACUGACAAAUGACAAAGAAGACUGUAAGGAAAGCUAGUUUAGAUAAGAACACUGAGAGUAGAGCUGAAAAUUACUUCGAAAAAGACAGUGUUAGUCAGAAAUAAGUAAUAAGGUCUGAAACAAAUAAUUAGCAGAGAAAAACUAGGAAAGAUGGCUUGGAAAACAAACAAGAUGACUCUAAAGGAACUAUUUUAAAUAAGAUCACAGUCCAAGGGAAAAACAGGCAAAAAAAAAAAAAAAACGUUAUGAUCCUCCCCCCCCAAAAAAAAAAAAAAAAAAAAAAAUCUGAAUAGAAAAAUCAAAUCGUGGAGAAUAAGUGUCCGUAAUUUCUCUCUUAAAAAUGGUAAUUUCAAAGGAAGGAGGAAAUACAGAAGCAAGUAGGGAAUGCCAGAAUAUACCGGAGAAAAUUAUGAAUGAGUGAAAGUCUUGGUAAAAUCUUGUAUUACAGAGGUUCAAAAUGGA